GAGUACGCUUCUUCAUACUCCAUGGGUAGCACUUCUGGAGUACAUCUUAGUCGCAAAGACAUAUGACACCCCGACGCAGCAAAAGAGCUAAGACACACCACGACUCGGAGUCGAAGCCAACCAUGCCGAGUUCCAACGUUUACCCCCACCCUGAGCCCCAGUUCGCCCACUUUCCCAGCCGACGGUCCGUGGUGCACAGUACCAAGGGCAUUGUAUCAAGUACGCAACCUCUUGCGACCUCUGCUGGAAUUGAGAUCCUGAGGAAAGGUGGUAAUGCUGCGGAUGCGGCUAUAGCUGCGGCAGCGGCCAUCAAUGUGACCGAGCCGGGCUCGACAGGUAUUGGCGGUGAUAUGUUCUGUCUCUACUACGAUGCCAAGACAAAGAAGGUCUCCGCCUUGAAUGGGUCUGGACGUUCUGGCGGGCAGGUUACUCUUGAGAAGAUUAGGAAGGAUCUCAAGAUUAAAGACGGCGAGGUCGGUCACAUUCCCAUGCAAAGUGUCCAUGCGGCUACUGUUCCUGGCGCAGCAGCGGGAUGGGUGGACACGGUUGAACGCUUUGGAAGCGGCAAGGUCACUUUGGAAGAUGUGCUCGCUCCAGCCAUUGAGUUGGCCGAAAAGGGCUUUCCAGUAUCUGAGCUAUCUGCUACAUUCUGGGCAGAGAGCGAAAAUCAACUCAAAGAAGCAUCGCCCAAUGGCCAUGAAAUGCUCAAGAAAGACUCAUCCACAAAGGGCGGAUACAGAGCGCCAAAGGCUGGUGAAAUCAUGAAGAAUCCCACAAUCGCAAACACUUUCAAGCUACUUGCCAAACAUGGCAAGAAAGGUUUCUACGAAGGCGAGGUAGCGGAGCAGCUCGUAAAAGUUGUCUCCGACCUUGGAGGCUAUCUUACUUUGGACGAUCUAAAGCACCACGCUGAAACUGGUUCUGAGUCUGUGGAGCCGAUUUCGCUCAAGUACACGGGUCAGGGUGUAGGCGACAGCCCUGUCGGUGGAAUCGAGCUAUGGGAGCACCCGCCUAACGGCCAGGGCAUUGUUGCACUGAUGGCGCUCGGCAUUAUUCAGGAGUUGGAGAAGCAAGGAACUAUCCCAAGAUGGAACCACAAGGACCACAAUACCACUCAAUACCUCCACGUUGUAAUUGAGGCUCUGCGCAUCGCCUUUGCAGACGCGCAUUGGUUCGUCACAGACCCAAAUGAAGUCAAAGUCCCAUCGGCAGAACUCAUCUCAGAAAAGUACCUCGCUGAGCGCGCAAAGCUGUUCGACCCAAAGAAAGUGAUUUCCUCACCAGUCCACGGCUCGCCAGCACAUUUGCAAAGCGACACCGUCUACUUCUGCUGUUCCGACUCCGAAGGCAACGCGAUUUCUUUCAUCAACAGCAACUACGGAGGCUUUGGUACAAGCAUCAUUCCCAAAGGCUGUGGCUUCACGCUGCAGAACCGUGGAGCAAACUUCAGUCUGGUGAAGGAUCAUCCCAACGUCCUUGCGCCGCGGAAGCGACCUUACCACACCAUCAUCCCUGCUCUGACCACUUACAUCAACGACAGUAGUCUGCAUUCCGUAUACGGUGUCAUGGGCGGCUUCAUGCAACCACAAGGUCACGUGCAAGUCCUACUGAAUCAAGAAGUCUUCAAGCUGAACCCGCAAGCUGCGCUGGACUCGCCGCGUUUCUGCAUCGGCGGAGGUAUGCCUAGCGCGGACGGGACGAUGACUGAUGCCACCAUUUAUUUGGAAGAAGGCAUGGACUCCAAGGUCGUUGAAGAGCUACGCGCGCUGGGACACAGCGUUCAGCAGCUGGAUGGGUUCGGACGCGGCAUGUUCGGUCGAGGUCAGAUCAUCAGGCGACACGAAGAUGAUGGUGUUUUGGUCUGGAGUGGUGGAAGUGAUUUACGUGGAGAUGGCGCUGCUGUGCCUUUGUAG